CAUUAACUUUUAAUUAUGAUCAAUCUUAUAGAACAAUAAGUCGACAAACAACCAAUUCUUUAACAGAUAUCCAAAUUGAAGGACUUUCUCCUUAAUCAUGUCAACUAGAAAGUAGUAUUUCUUACAUCAGGUGGAACCUCAGUUCCUCUGGAAUAGAACACUGUUAGAUCUAUCGAAAACUUCUCAUCUGGAUUGAGAGGAGCUGCCUCUGCUGAAUACUUCUUGAGAGAAGGCUUCAUUGUCGUAUACUAUUACAGAGACAAGUGCUUAAGACCAUUUGCAAGGCAUUUAAAUGUUUAAAAGCUAAUUAAUGCUGAUCAGUAUUUAUGCUAUCAUUAAAUUUUUAAGAGAAGAAUUAGAAAAACUUAAGCAACUUUAACAAGUUGAUAAAACUAAACUCUAUGAAGUAUCUUAUGUUUCUGUGAUGGAAUACUUGUAUUUUGUUAUAAAAGCUAUGGAAAUCUUCAAAGAAUUGAAAUUGAACAUACUAGUUUAUUUAGCCAGUGCUGUCAGUGAUUAUUACAUUCCAAAAAACAUGAUGGCAUAACAUAAGAUCUAAGCUUAAGACAAAUUAGAAUUAGAGUUAAUGCCGGUUCCUAAAAUUUUGGGUUUAAUAAGGGAAAUUUAUCAGGAAGCUAUAAUAAUUUCAUUUAAAUUAGAAACCGAUAAUGAUAUCCUCUAUAAGAAAAUUUAAGAGUCGAUGAAGAAAUACAAUUUAGAAUAUGUAUGAAGUUUUAUUGAGUUUUUAGUGUAUAGGAAAUUUAUUGCAAAGUAGAAGAGAUCAAAUUGUUAUAUAUAAUAAGGGAGAGUUUAUCAAAAUGGAAAGAAAUAAGGAUGAAAUAGAAGAGCAAAUUAUUGAAUAUUUUAAAUAAAACAUCAAAUGA